UACGAGGGCGAGUACAACGCGGCGGGAGAGCGCGAGGGGCGCGGCGUCAUGCGGUACGCCAACGGCAACGUCUACGACGGCGAGUACAAGGCGGGUAUGAGGGAGGGGCGCGGCGUCCUGCGGCUCGCCAACGGCGAAAACUACGACGGCGAGUGGAAGGCGGGUAAGAGGGAGGGGCGCGGCGUCUACCGGUACGCCGACGGCAACGUCUACGACGGCGAGUUCAAGGCGGAUGAGAUGGAGGGGCGCGGC